ACGGCACAAGCAGCAAGGACAACCAUCACAUCAUUCCCACUCCACCACAUCUACCCAUUAAUUAACUACAUCCCAUUUGAUUCCAAAAAUCACCGAGACAAGCAUGGAGCUAACAGCACAGCAGCUCAAGGCAUACGACGGCUCAGAUCCAUCAAAGCCAAUCUACGUGGCAAUCAAAGGUCGCAUCUUUGAUGUCACCACCGGCAAUUCCUUCUACGGUCCCGGCGGCGCAUACUGUAUGUUCGCCGGAAAAGAUGCAAGCAGAGCACUCGCAAAGAUGAGUAAGAACGAAGAGGACGUUACCCCCUCGCUCGAUGGCCUUUCUGAGAAAGAAAUGGGGGUUCUCACUGAUUGGGAGAAGAAAUUCGAAGCUAAGUACCCAAUCGUUGGCACUGUUAUUUCUUAAUCUAAUAAAUGAAGUGGGUUUGGGGAUCUGGGGUUUUUGUGCAGUUAUGAAUAAAUAUAGGUUUUCCUUAGCCUGGUAUUGCGUAUUUCUCAUGGGUCUGUUUGUGUAAUAGACAAAAUUAACUUGUGACUUUUGUGCAAUUACGAAUAAAUCUAAGGUUUUACUCUUGAGAUGUAUGAUUGAUGUGUAUGCUGUUUGGGA